AUGUUCUCGCCCAAGGACAGCGACCUGCGCACGCCCGCGCACGUGCACGACAUCUCGGAGGAGGGGUCCGACAUGACGCGCGAGAUCUACAGCGCCAUGCUCAAGGGCUCCCAGGACGGCUUGGUGCGCACCAAGUCGCUGCCGGACGUGAGCGAGGUGCUCUACAAAGAUGUCGGCAAGGCGUCGGACAUUGCGCAGCCUGGAGGCUUCCGCCGUGACCACGUCAUGGCCAAGUUACCCGCCGGCGAAACUGUGGUGCCAAUUUACGCGCAGAAAUCGUUCCUGACGUCCAUCGGACCCGACAGCUUGCUGCAGUAUACCUACCGAGGCUUCGCCAACGACACACUGCAUCUGGGCGACGAGUACAGCGAAAAUGAAGAGCUGAUUCCGUUGUUUAGCAGCCACGACACUUUCCAGACAGCCAAGAGUGAGACAUCGACAAGAGGAGCGUCCGUCAAGAAGACGGUUUUCACCAUUGUCAAGUCGUUCAUCGGCAGCGGCAUCCUGUUCCUGCCCAAGGGAUUCCAGAACGGAGGCAUGCUGUUCUCAGUCGCUGGACUUUGUGUGUCGGCAGCGCUGUCAACGUUCUGCAUGCUGCGUUUGGUCGAGUGCUCGAGCGUAGUGCCUCGCUCUCACAACCACCACAACGUGUCGUAUGGUGUCGUGGGGGAGAAAGCGUUCGGUGCUAUGGGUCGCCGGGCAGUGAACACGUCGCUGGUGCUUUCUCAAAUUGGCUUCUGCUGCUCGUAUCUCAUUUUCGUGGAGAAAAACAUCGGUGAAGUUUUACUGCACGCGUUUAACCUGCGGAGCUCUAUCACGACGUCAUCGUGGACUCUCAUUUUGCUGCAAAUCCCGCUGUACACCCCACUAGCGUGGGUGCGUCGGCUGGAGUACUUUGCGCUCACAAGUUUAUUUGCCGACGUGCUGAUCGUGUUCGGACUGGUCUACAUUCUCACUUACACCGUGGAAACCCUCGAGAGUGCGGCUCCAGGGGAAGCGACGUGGGAGUAUUUCAACUCUCAAAACUGGGCGAUGUUCCUCGGUGUUGCAGUCUACUGCUUUGAAGGAAUCGGUCUGGUGCUUCCUACCUACGAUUCAAUGGACGACGAGAUCAAGCACAAGUUCCCGACCAUUUUGUCGUGGUGCGUUGCCUGUAUUCUCGGAAUUUGCACGCUGUUUGCCGGUACUGUGUACGCAGCCUUUGGACAGAACACACAAUCGGUGGUGACGCUGAACCUGCCCAGCUCAAGCGAGAGCACCGGUACUAUGGCCGUACAGCUUACGUACUCGCUGGCUUUGGUGCUGUCGUACCCGUUGAUGUUGUACCCGGUGAUAAACAUCCUUGAGAGCAACCUGUUUCCGUACCAGCGUGUCAAGGGCUUCUGGAGAUGGAAAAAGAACGCUUUCCGCUUUGCACUUGUAUGUCUUACAGCGCUGGAUAACUUCGUCUCCAUCAUUGGCGGAUUCUGCUCUGUGCCACUCGCAUUCAUAUACCCCUGCAUUUUCCACUCAAGGUAUGUAGGUGGUGGCACCACUGUGGUGCUGUCUAAAUUCACGCUCGCAUCACUGACACGCAAUCGAUAUUUUUCAGACUUGUCGACAGCGGCCACAUUCUGA